GAUUCUGGGACGUCGAUCCCAGAUCUGUUGCCUUUGUCUGUACCUUACGUCGUCCUUGGUGUAACUUCACCUUUUCUCUUUUUAUUUUUACUUCACAAUAUGUCUGAAGAAAAGAUAAUAAAACCCGGACCCUCGAGUCCAGCCAUUUCUCACGAUGAGCACGCAAAACACCUCAAUGCCGAAGGAAGCUCCUCCGACUCGGAACGCAAACCGUACGAGGAGCACGGUCCAGGAAUUGACCACCACAUUCCACAGGAUGAAGUCGUACAAGCCGAGCCAGAGCUCUGGUGGAGCAGAACUCGCCACGUUCUCCGCGAGCCUCUCGCGGAAUUCUUUGGUGUCUUCAUACUGAUUCUGUUCGGUGAUGGUGUCGUCGCUCAGGUGGUUCUCAGUGGCGGAGAGAAGGGAUCAUAUCAAUCGAUUUCAUGGGGUUGGGGUCUUGGUGUUAUGCUGGGUGUCUAUACCGCAGGAGUCAGCGGAGCUCAUCUGAACCCCGCGGUCACGUUUGCAAACUGUGUGUACCGCAAGUUUCCGUGGAAGAAAUGGCCUGGAUAUGCAGUUGCCCAAGUCCUUGGCGCAAUGUGCGCCGCAGCCGUCGUCUACGGAAACUACAAAUCCGCAAUCGACGUUUACGAAGGCGGGCCCGGCAUCCGAACCGUCCCCGGCUUCUCCAACCACAGCACUGCCGGAAUCUUCUGCACCUACCCCGCCUCCUUCAUGACACGCACCGGGCAAUUCUUCUCCGAGUUCAUCGCAUCAACCAUACUAAUGUUCCUUAUCUAUGCGUUGCAGGAUAAUGGGAAUCUGGGCGCAGCGAAUUUAACACCCUUGAUGUUAUUUUUUGUUAUUUUUGGGAUUGGCGCUUGUUUUGGGUGGGAGACGGGGUAUGCUAUCAAUUUGGCUAGGGACUUCGGUCCGAGGUUGGUAUCAUACAUGCUCGGCUACGGCCACGAAGUGUGGAGCGCGGGUAACUACUAUUUUUGGAUUCCGAUGGUGGCACCGUUCUGCGGGUGCACGUUUGGCGGGUGGCUUUAUGAUAUGUUCAUCUUCACAGGCGAGAGUCCGAUUAAUACGCCUUGGAUGGGGUGGAAGCGGAUAUUGAGGCCAGGGAGUGGGAAGAGCAAGAAGAUUGAGAGCCAUGUUUGACAGGCUGAUGAUAAAAGAGUGCGAGAACAGUGACAGUUCAAGAGUAGAUGGCAGGGUAGCAUCCUGGUGGAGUGGCGUUGGCUUGUGUGGUUGCCUUGGGAGCUGAAAAUACGAGAGUGGCGUGGAUGAUCCAUGAUUGAUGCUUGACAAAAAAACGGUGGUUACGGCGUUAUAGUCGGGUUCUCACUAGAAGAAAAUACCCGUUCCAAAUUUUCAAAUAGGUAGCUUACUGAUAUCGUC